AUGUCGGGCACGGAAGACGACCCGGUAGUGCUGAAAAAUUUUCUAGGACACAAGAAAGACAUAACAAGUGUAAAGUUUCACCCUGAGGAAUUAAAGGUUGCGACUAGUAGCUUGGACAAGUCCUUCAUUGUCUACAACUUCAACAACAACUCCCGGUGCAAUCGCUACGUCGGGCAUACUGAGGCUAUUAAUGACAUAGACUACGCGCCUUCUGGUGAAUUAGUGGCAACUGCCUCCCAGGACAGGACUGUUAGGGUCUGGGUUCCCAAAGUUCGUGGAGAAUCCUUGGGUUUCAGAGCUCAUACCAGCGCAGUUCGCUCGGUUCAAUUUUCUUCUGAUGGAAAAGAGCUCAUAACAUCAUCCAAUGAUAAAGUGAUCAAAUUAUGGAAAAUCCACCAGCGCAGAUUCCUUACUUCCUACGUAGGUCACACACACUGGGUCCACUGUGUCCGAUUUUCACCAGACAAUCGUUUGAUUGUCUCUUGUAGUGAAGACAAAAGUAUUAAAUUAUGGGAUGUAGCUGCUGGUCAAUGUAUUAGAACAAUUACCGAGCUGAAAGGACCAGCAACAUAUGUUGAUUUUCAUCCUUCUGGAGGAGCCAUUGGUACGGCUAACACUGAUGGGUCUGUAAAAAUAUACGAGCUUCGCACUGGCUCGCUGCAUCAGUACUACAAGGCACAUACUGAUGUUGUAAAUAAAAUUUCUUAUCAUCCCAAUGGUAAUUUCAUGAUAACUGCUUCUGAAGAUUCAACGAUCAAGAUCUUGGAUAUAUUGGAAGGAAGACCAAUUUACACUCUCAAAGGACACACAGGUGGUAUUUCUUCAGUAUCAUUUUCUCCUGAUGGCAGCUACUUUGCCUCCGGAGGUCGAGAUAAAGAGCUGCUUAUCUGGGAGUCCAAUUUGGAGCAGCAUGACACUCGAAGGUCUCAAAUCAAAAGAAGCUCCGUUGAAACAGAGGAGAUUGAAAAAGAAUUAAAGUCUCUGCAGUUUGAAGAUGAGACUGAAGGCUCUGAUGAGUUGUUCAAGAACAAAGACAGAGAGAGUAAGCAUGAAUUGUUGGUGAGUUAA